AUGAAUCCCUCAGACUUUAUCAUCAUCCGGGGGCCGGUGGGCGACAACAGAUACAAAUGUAAAUUAUGCACGGGUAGGGCACCCACACGGAGCUAUCGAGACCACGCCCGAAGUGCUAUGCAUCAACGAAAAGUGGAAGAGAGAAAUGCCCGAAAUGCUCUGAAUCCACUCUUUAUGCGGCCACCCGAGGGGCCACCACAACCUGAUCAUACGCAGGUGACCGUUGAGGAUCAAGCACCCGAUGAGCUGGUGUUUGAUGCCAUUGGGUUCAAUGCUGGGGGAUCAGACAAUGGCUCGGAGGAUGAGUUGUUGACCUUCAGAGACAUCAGCCAUGCUACUCCCUUCAAUAGCACCGAUGUGCCACUUGGCCCUGCGCAAGAGGAAAUUGAUUGGGAUGAUUAUCUAUUUGAGGCGAUGAAUCAAUUGUCGGACGAACCUUUCCCCAGUGACUUGCUCCCCAAGCCUUCUCUGCCCUCUGCAGACACGUCUUGGUAUCCUUUCAAGAAUAAGGAGGAGAUGUCAAAUCCAUAUGUCAGUCCCCAGCUCGAUUUUCUUCCGGAGGACCCGCGUGGGAGCGAAAUUUACAAAUUUUCCCAGAGCAGUAAAUGGCUCCAUGGUCUGCCCCCAGACCUGCGGGUCCAGAUGAUCGAGUCCAACCAGCAGCAUUUUUAUAUUUUUGAGCCCGCCAUGGCCAACAAUGGCCAAAUAGUAGUGCCUGUCUUCUUUUACAAAGCUGGCUUGGGAACGUAUGCCAAAUGUGCAGUGCCUCAGGUGGAGUAUACACACGAGCCUCUCAGCGUCAAUGUGCGGAUGCCCUUGGAUCUGAGCUUCAAUUCGGACCGGCUUGUGGAAGUGAACGUCUUGAACUUGGGGCAGAGUUAUCCGGAGAUCGUGAUGGGAUUGCAUGGACGUCUGGCUGAGUUGUGCAAGAACCAAAUUUUAGAUCUCGAUGAAGAUUCACCGGCUCGUCAGCUUCCCAAUCCAUGGCGCACUAAAGCCGGUGGCAAAAUCAUUAGACAUAUGCCAAUCAAUCUUUAUGCCGAUGAUACUUCAGGCAAUGUCUCCAAACAGUGGAAUCGGCACAUAUCCUUCUACUUCACCCUCGCGGGCCUGCCCCCAAAGUUGUCCAAUAUGCAGUACAACUGCCAUUUCCUAUCUACAUCCAACGAAGCGGGCGUGUUGGAAAUUGGGGAACAGAUUGUGGAGGAACUCAACAUGCUGGCCACCGAUGGUUUUGUAGCACAUGAUGCUUCCACCGGCUCUGAUGUCCUAAUUAUGAGUCUGGUGUUAUGUUUCCAAGCGGAUUCGCCGAUGCACGCAGAAGUGACCAACACCCCGCUACCUAAUGAAGGUUCCUCUCAAAUCUGCCUACUCAUGGGAAGGAGCGAUGGGCUGAUCACCCCUGAUUUCCAGAAAUCUCCACUACCUCGGAACUGGGAAACCAUCCAAACGCAGACCAAAAGCCUCUGGGAGAUCGGGAAGAAGGGGGUCAAGAGUCAUUUUGAUGAUAAGACCAAGGAGCUCGGGAUACGUGAUUCCAUUAAUCGUCGCUUUGUUGAGGUGAUGCAGCAGAAGGACAACGUGGACGCCCAAACGGAAGUCAAUCUGAUGGCCCAAUCAGAUUCUCAUCGCCUGUUCAAUCCGUUUUUGAAACUCAAAGGCUUUGAUGGAUGCCUAGAUACUCCAGUGGAGAUCUUGCAUGUCUUCCUCCUUGGAAUAGUCAAAUAUAUGACUCGAGACUUCAUGAAAUCCUUGAAAGUCAAAGAGUUGGCCCAAGUGCUUGCCUCUUGGGACGCAUUGAACGUCAAAGGGUUAAAUGUCCCUUCGAUCCCGGCCAAAUAUCUUGUUGAACACUUUUCCUCACUGGUCGGAAAGGACUUCAAGAUCAUCCUGCAAACCGCCCCCUUUGUCCUCUACCAAUUCAUGAAUGACUCGCAACGCAACCAUUGGAUUUCCCUCGGGCAACUGGCCACGUAUGUUUUCCAAACCCGAAUUACCAACAUGCCGCAGUAUUUGGCCGACUUGAGAAAACACAUCGAUAUAUUCCUCUGUCAUUCCAUCAACAUGUCAGCCCAAUGGGUGAAUAAACCCAAAUUCCACAUGUUGAAGCAUCUUCCAGAGUCGAUUGAAUGUUUCGGCCCCGCUCCUCUGUUUGCGACUGAGAAGUUCGAAAGCUUUAAUAGUGUCCUCCGGAAUGCGUCGGUCCAUUCCAACCGACAUCGACCUGGAAGGGAUCUGGGGCUCUCCUUUUUGAACUUCCAAGCGCUGCGAUUGGUCGCCUCCAAUGCUCAGCUGUGCAACCAUAAAACGGGCAUGACCUUCCAUGCGUCCAGCGGGGUGACAAAUAUGUUUCGUAGCAAUCCACUGAUCCAGAAGUCAAUGGGUUAUAACCCAAUGGCCAUGGGGUCCCCCAUAAUGUUUCCGACUCCCAUUCAAUCGGUGUUGCCCAAGGCGGACCAGGAAGAGAUCCCGAGUUACUUCCAGCAGUAUCCCAAUGCACGGAUUAAGCAGGUCUCGCAGCUGAGAUUAAGUGAAAAAGAUGUCGUGAAGAAAGGAUACUUUGUCCUGGUGGCGCCCGGUGGCAUCACUCGAGAUCAGGUCAUUGGUCGCGUGAAUUCACUGUGGCAGAUUGAAUGGGAUCAUCAAAUCAGAUACGUGAUGAAGACCACCACUUUUAAGCUCCUGGGGGUAGACCCAUUUUAUCAGAUGAGGAUUCUGGAGAAUACUCAUGAGGCCAGAUAUCUCGCCGUGAUAGAUAUCAAAUCCUGCCUGAACGUCCAACACCACUGUAUUGGGGGCCAAUGUCCUAUGAAACCCAGGACAGAUCCUCAGCCCGAACACAUUGAGGGUGCUCCCAACCCAAACACAAUCAAACAUUCAGAUGACCAAUGGUUCAUUUUGAAUUCGUCGUCUUUGCACUCUAUCGCUUCUCACCGACAACUGGCUUCUUUGGCCAUUCCCCCAAUUGACGCUGAUCAUUGGACCGCGGCAAUUGAUCAUGGCCUCCGCAUAUGGCGGGGCCCUCCUCAGUAUGCAAGAUAUCAUGGUCUUUUAUAUGCUUCGACGUAG